UUUUCUUAUCAUUUCUGCUUUUUUUUAACCCAACCUAACCAUCAAAGCACCUUGAUAACCAACGUGCUUGUAUCACAUUCUCCAUCGACAAAAUCAGUAUGCGGGUGAAAUGAAGAAUGGAUAGCAUGCUGUCUGAGCGGUAGACUAUUUUUAAAAAGACAAAAAUGGAACUUUGAUUCAUCUCUAAAUCUGUGUCAGCAUGUCUAAUAAGGAUGCAAAAUGCUUUAAAUGAAACAUCCACAUGUAAAAUCAAUGUUAUGUUAAGUUUUAUGCCAGAGAGGGGGUCUUAUGGUUCCGAAAUGUAUUAAAUAAUAUGAUUUAAAGUCAAGAAUGUCUGAGGUUUGAUGGUGUCAGACUCUGUCUAUAUGUUAAAUAAUAUUACAAUACGUAUGAUUUAACAGACUAGUAAGAGAGCAUAUUUGUAUUUAAACUGGACUAGAGUUGCUUUCUAUGUUCAAAAUUGGUCUUAUAAACAAAUAAAAUGCAUCAAGAGACACAGAAUUUGAAUCUGUUGCCGUGUCGUUUGUAAGUCAAUGAGAAAUAAAAGAGUUUCAACAUUUUCUGAAUAUGUAAUACAGAAAAGCAGUUUUAGCUCCAGUUCUCUUGUCUUACAAAAAUCAAAGCAGUAGCCCUAAAUAUAUCUGUUAAUAUGUAACCCAUGUGGACUAUAAGCUUCCAGGAAGUCAGUGGUCUACUUAAUUGUCCUUGAGCCUCACAUACACCCAGGUUGAAAGGAAAAGAACAGAUUUUAGCAGCAACAUCAGUGGAUUCACUGACAAAGAAAUGAAGAAUAAUUAAUGAAUGCGUUUCAUCAGGCUGACCCGGACUGUGUGUUUUGGCUGUCGCACUGUGAGAGCUGAUGGGAUAAUGAACAAAACGAAGCAGCUUGAUUCAGUAGAACAAUAAAAGAGUCAAACAAGGGCGUACAAUAGAUUUAUUAGAUCUCUGAAUUGCUCUCAUCUUCUCUUUUAUAGCGUGUGCAAACAUCUCGUCAGCCAUUGUUCAACUACGUCGGACUUCAUGGAAAACAUGACUGCACAGUAUUCAUGUGAUCUGCAGUGUGAACUCUGUAAAUGUGGCAUAUUAGGGAAUGGAUAAGGGCUGAUUUACUGUGCAUGUUGAUUUUUUUUUAAGUCUAUCAUGUUAUAAACUGGUUUCUGGCUGACACUAUAUUGACUUUAACUAAGCUCAGUCUGGCAAACACACAAAAGGAGGGCAUGCACCAGAUCCAGUGCCAGGGUGGAGCCUCUACAGUAAGUGUCUUGGCAACUUUAUGGCAACUGAAUAUCAACAAGUUUAACUGAGGUUAUUGGCUGAAAUAGACCUUUUGUGUGGAACGUUCAGAGGCCAUUCGCUUCACACCAGUCGGACUUGAGCCAUAAAUCUGAUGACAGUAGACUUGACUUGAUUCAAAAAAGAUUGCAACUCAACUUGGACUCUAACACCAGUGUUUUGUGACUUAACUUGGACUUGAGCCUUUUUUGAGCCUUGAAAAUACUUGAUACUGUCCCCUAAAGCCCAACGAUUAAUUUGAACGAUUUGUGUUAUUCAAAAAGUGUAUCACAAAUCAACUGAUUUCAUCUCCUGGACCAACUAACGUUGAUACCAUUCAUUCCCAGCAAGUCGACACAUAAUUCUCCAGACCCAACUGACAGGAUCCAAUCAAGUUCCAGAAAAGAAUCUUGAAGAAUGAACAUGACGUUACCGAGCAGCAGACGAUCGCCCAGGUGCCUGAAGAAAGUACUAGACCAUUGAAUCCUGGGCAGGCAGUGGUUCCAAGGCCAGGCCGCCACAGAAGGCCCAUGACGGCCCCAAAGACUCAGAAAGAGAAGGCAUCUAAGGGGAAGAAGAUUGUGCUGACUGUCCUGACAAUUGUGGUUUUACUGGGCAUACUGGUCACUGCAGCAUACUUCAUUAAGCAGCUGAUUGACAGCAAAUAUUUCUUCUGCAAGCGUUCGUUUAAGUUCAUCCCACUAGACAAUGCCUGUGACGGGAAAGAUGACUGUGCUGAAGGAGAGGAUGAAAUUACUUGUGUGUCAAACUUUAAAGUCAACACUACCUUUCCAGUGCGUCUCAUGACAGAGCAGCAGGUCCUGCAGGUAUACAGCCGUGGCCCAGGUUGGCGGAGUGUGUGUAGUGACGACUGGACCGAGAAACACACACAGACAGCAUGUAAACAACUGGGUUACACAUAUAAACCUAGUAGCACCAACGUCCGAGUGGACACUUUGAUACCUUCCAUGAAAACUGGGCCUUUCACAGCUGUCAGACCUGGGACAACCAACACACCCAUACAUCAGGCUACCAUAGACCGCGGUGCAUGCAAAUCCGGAUCUGUGGUAUCUUUGUCCUGUUCAGACUGUGGACAGGUGGGCUCUCAGGACCGUAUUGUUGGGGGUACGGAGGCUUUCAUUGAGGACUGGCCGUGGCAGGUUAGCCUGCAGCAGGGAGGCCAUCACACAUGUGGAGGCUCGCUGGUGUCCCCGCGUUGGGUUGUCACUGCCGCCCACUGCUUCACUGGCAGUAAAAAGGAGCUGGGUCGCUGGAGAGUGGUGUCAGGCCGGACAUACAUGGGCACACUGGGAGGCUCCUAUGUGGACAGAAUCAUACUGAAUGGAGACUAUGAUACAGCAGGAAACGACUAUGACAUUGCACUGAUGAGACUCAGCAGCCCGAUCACAGUGGGAGAGGGCCGUAAGCCAGUUUGUCUACCUCCUAAGGCUUUUGGCCUUCCUGCCAAAGCCUCCAUGAUGGUGACUGGCUGGGGAUACCUGGAGGAAAACGGUAAGGUUUCCCCUUCACUUCAGAAGGCCGCUAUCCCUCUGAUAGACCGGGCCAAGUGUUCCAGCCCCUCAGUGUAUGGAAGCUCUGUAACCCCGAGGAUGAUCUGUGCUGGUUUCCUAGAGGGGGGAGUGGAUGCCUGCCAGGGGGACAGUGGGGGUCCUUUGGUGUACUUCACCUCCACUACAUGGCAUUUGGUUGGAGUGGUGAGCUGGGGCGUUGGCUGUGCCAGAGAGGGAAGGCCAGGUGUCUACUGCAACGUUGAAGAGAUGCUGAACUGGAUUCAUACAGUUGUUGAGAAACAUCCCUGAGGUCCUCCAUGGUGACGAGCGACAGGAGAAUCCAGUCCAGUCUAUUCUGGACAGCCUGUGAAACUACAAGCAAGCGUUUGUUUCAACGUAGUGGUCAGAGGAUGGAAGACAGAAGGAGAUAAAGGGGAGGCUGAAGAUCAAUCUCAGCAGCAACACAAAUGAACUGCUAAACACAGCCAUAUGCAAAAACACUGCACAUUUACACACACACAUUCAUACAAACUUAUUUCAGGUGUUUUUUUUUUUUUUGUGCCAUUUCAACUUCUUAUCUCAGGGGACAAGUACUGUAUAUUCAUGUUGUUAUGUAUUGCUUGCCAGUCUGGGACAUUUUAAGUCUUUAAAUUAUUGUAAUUUAACAGACCAAAUUCACUGAUUCAUGCAUUUUCAAAACAACAUUAUCAAUUUAAAACCACAGGUACUGAUAUGAGGACUUAGCAAUAACUGUACAAUCCGUUUUAACUGUGACAAUUGUUCAGCCUUACCAGACUGGCAGAACUCAGACAUAAUGUACUUGAUUACUAUGUGCUAUGAUUUCAGGUGUGCAAUGUGCUAUGAGGAUUCAAAUAUGGUAAACUGCUGUAUAAAGAAAGGUGACAGACAGGGCAAACCUGGUCUAUGCUAAUGCCAGCGGAAGUCAGUCUGAAGCUUCAGGUUAAUAUCACCAGUAUAGGUGAUAGGAUGCUACGUCCAAGAGUUUAAUGCCUCUGUGGUGCUGAUUCAGUUGAUCUGAUGUGUGUCACUAUUAGAUAAUGCACCUUUGUACAGCACAGGUGUUGUGCUUGCUUCCUAUCACAGAUUAAUUUACAUGAGCACUUUAAGUGGAAGGUGAGAAUUACUUGACUUUACUGUAUAUGCAGAUGAUGCAAGUUAAUAGCCUAUGCACUGAAGACUAAAACUCAAAACACACGCAGAGUGCCUCCACAAUGAGUUUCAAAGUGUACUCAGAUAUACAGUGUGCCUUUAGAAAACUCACAUCAUGGCCAGAAUAUUAAGAGUUUUUGCCUUCACAGCUUAAUUUUCUAAAUUUAAACUUAAGCAACAGAAAUUAGUGUGUAUGUAAAAUCUGCGCACUCAGGAAAAACCCUGUCAUUAUUGCUUAAUUUUAAAAUGAUAAUUCCAGAUGUAGCAAAGUAAAAGAAUACAUCUAGCUGUAUUUUGGUUUAUUUAUCAGUCUCUUGUCUAUUGAGACUACUUAGAUAUGGCAUUUCUGAAUCUAAAAAUAAUAAUUACCAUACUGUAUAAUAUUGUAAAAUAUUUGGACAUUAAUAGCAAUCCUUUGCAGGUUUGGCGAGUGCCAGGUGGCUGAUAACAUCUGAGUGUACAUGUGGUACAUGUUGUGGAUUUUUAUAUAGUUGUACAUAAGUUGUAAAUAUAAUAAAGACAUUCCUCUGUAA